AUGGGCAAGCGAGAGAAACACAACUCCACUUCACUGGUGUUCCCUCCAUCUAUUUUUAUCGGGCCGGUCUCUGCAGCCUCAUCUGUCCAAUUGCUGCAGACAAACUCAAUAUCGCAUGUCUUGAGCAUUGGCGCUAGCCCGUCAAGUAAGGUCCCAGGAGUUGUUUACGACCGCGUAAGCAUCACCGACUCUCCGUCUUCGUCAAUUGCCAAGAUUUGUGACACUGCUUGCGAAAUCAUCGAGGCGGCGUUGCAGUCAAACAACGGCACGGGAAGGAUAUUGGUACACUGCUCUGCCGGUAUAUCACGCUCUCCGGCAAUAGUUACGGCAUACCUGAUGAAGCAUCACAACAAGUCAUUGAGAGCGGCGCUGGGUCAGAUUGUUCGGGCUCGUCCACAGGCAUCGCCCAAUCCGGGAUUCUUACAAGAACUGAGAGAUCUCGAACUUCAGUUACGUGGGGCAUCGUCACUAGACAUAGACGAGUUGCCGAAGCGGGAAAAGGAGAGGGUAGCUCUCUUCCCUGUCGAUGAUUCUGAGGUUAGAUAA